CGCCCGACUCGGCAUUCAAAAGGGAGCGCUUGGGCCAAUAGACAGCAUGACAUUCUCAGGCUGCGAAGACCGCGCAGGCGGCGCGCGGAGAGGGUCGGGCAAGACAAGCAGUGGUGCGAGGGUAUGGCGCAGGCUCGGCGCGGAUGGAAGCACCGGGAAGCAGAAAGCAGAGCAGCGUGGGCAAAGGAGAGGGAGAGGGUCGCAGGGAGGAGGCAGAUCCGGAGGCAUGACUACAGCUCUGGCUCGCGCCACUGCACGGCCGGCGGCAGCGCCGCCGAGGGGCUCGCAAAGCGAGGGUUGACGUGCUCGAUGAAGCCGUCGGCGCGCGGGCUGCCGGGCAGCUCGGCGGGCUCGGCACGCGCCGAGCGCUUGGCCGGCGUGCUCGGUGCCGCUCCAGCAGCAGCAGGCGCGUCGUCGCUCCAGAACGCCGUCGAGAGCUUGUCUGCCGGCGGCGCCUGGCGCGAUGCAUCGGUCGACUUGCGCGCCGAGCGGGCAGCGGCGUCCGACGACUUGCGGCUGCGCUUCGCGUCGACGGACUUGCGCGGCGUAGCCGGCGCGGCAGCUGCCACGACGGCUGCAGCAGGCGCAUCCGACGAGCCCGCCGGCGUCUCCUCGGCGUCGUCCGUGCCGUCCAGACGCUUGUGGAACAGGCGGCCGAGCAGACCCGUCGUCUUGGCGCCGGAUGUCUCGUCGCCGUCGUGUGCGUCCUUCGGAGGGACUGGCGGGCUCGCAGCUCCGUCGCGAGACGGAACGGCCUGGUGAGAGACGGCUGUCCUUGCGGCGGCCGCACUGGCGGCCGCGCUGGCCUCCUGCUCGCGAGCCUUCGCCUCGGCCUCCUGCUGACGGCGCUGCGCAGCAACCGCCUCUUCUUCUUGCACGCGCUUGGCCUCCGCGGCCUCGCGGUGCUGCUUGGCCUUCUCGUCCGCCGCUGCUGUGGCGGCCGCAGCGGCAGCGGCGACCGCAGCGGCAGCUUCCGCAGCCUUCUCGAUCCGCU